AGAACGAAGCAAUCUUGGUUUUGAAUAAUUCUUGAUGAAUGGAAUGAAUAAAAGGCCUGUCAAUCUCCUUCUUCCGCCGCUAUAAAAGGCUUCCGCCCCCGUCUUCUCCGGCCGUCAAAUCCACAAACACAUAGUUCUUGUGGUCAGGGUCGCCAGAAACUGCCGUAUGGCUGAAAAUUUUGUUCAAUGUUCUUCCCCCAAACUCUUCACCCCUUUCCAGAUGGGGAGAUUCGCUCUUGCCCACAGGAUAGUGUUGGCACCUUGCACAAGGUGUAGAGCUUUGAACAACAUGCCGCAGAAGGCACACGUUGAGUACUAUUCCCAAAGGGCAACUCCCGGUGGGCUGCUGAUCACCGAGGGAACCAUCAUUGAUCCCACUGCAGCCGGUUAUCCAAACGUGCCUGGGAUUUUUACCAAGGAGCAGGUGGAAGCUUGGAAAGAAGUGGUUGAUGCCGUCCAUGAAAAGGGUGCUGUUUUGUUCUGCCAGCUUUGGCAUGUUGGCCGUGCGUCCCAUAACGUGUAUCAGCCUGAUGGAGGUGCCCCGGUUUCGUCCACGGAGAAGCAGAUAUCUGAGACUUGGCCUAUAAUGAUGCCGGAUGGCUCUUAUGGGCACUUCUCAAAACCCCAAGCUUUAUCUACUGAUGAUAUAGCAAAAUAUGUCGAUUUGUAUCGCGCUGCAGCAAUCAAUGCCAUUGAAGCAGGUUUUGAUGGAGUUGAAAUCCAUUCUGCCCAUGGGUAUCUGAUUGAUCAGCUCCUCAAAGAUGGGAUAAACGACCGCAGUGAUGAGUACGGUGGAUCCAUUGAGAACCGCUGCCGAUUUCUAAUGCAAAUAGUUGAAGCAGUGAGUAAUGCCGUUGGCCCUGACAGGCUAGCAAUAAGGAUCUCCCCUGCCUUUGAUCACAUGGGCGCUUCGGACUCCGACCCUUUUGCCCUUGGCCUCACCAUCGUCGAGAAACUCAACAACUUCCAGACCAAGGUCGGCUCUAAACUGGCCUACCUGCAUGUCACGCAGCCCCGGUUCGUGUCCUAUGGUAAGAACAAAGAUGGUCCCAUUGGUGGUUGCGGCGAAAAGGAAGCCUUGCUUAUGAGGUCCCUCAGGAAGGCUUACGAGGGGGCAUUUUUGUCCAGUGGUGGGUACACGAGGCAGCUCGGGAUCGAUGCUGUCGAGUGUGGAGAGGUCGACCUGGUCGCGUUUGGGAGGCUGUUCAUGGCGAACCCGGAUUUGGUACUGCGGUUCGGUUGUGAUGCGCGGCUCAAUGGGUACGACAGGUCUACUUUUUACACAUUUGACCCUGUUGUGGGAUAUACUGAUUACCCUUUCAUGGAAUCAUGAGAAUGGAAUAGAAGCUUUUGAUUCAUUAUGUGAGUCCCCUCUACAUUUCUUUCCAGUUACAUUGCUUAGUGUUACCAGAUCAUUUACAGACCUCAAAAGUCUCUAAAUACUUUUAUUUCAGAUUUCCAAAAGACAUUCUUUAAAAUUUCAAAACUAAUACGAGUACCAUACACCUUUUAAAACACACCAAACUGGUCCUUAUUUUGGAUAAAACUACAGAGAAAAAAAAAGUGGAAUCUUUGUAAGCGGUAGCAACCAGGAUUCCGCCGUGAUUGAUUUGGCUAGGUCGACGGCGGCGGCAGCAGCUGACUCACCGUUCUCCUCCAGUGGUCCGGCACACGGCCCGCCCCCGGUGGCGGGGGAGACAUAGGACUAACCCUCAAAGCAGAGGCACCGCACGCCUGGAAAAAAGGAGUCAAGAGUACCGACGGAACGAGGACGGCGGCCGCCAGUAUGUAGUAGCAGCAGCCGCGGAGAAGCCUCCGCCUUGACGGUGGUGAUCUUCUUCUCAUUUUAACUGACCAGAAGAAUAAUUGGUGGGAUAAAAAUAAAAUAAAAUAAAAGUUGCAUGGGGGG